AUGUACAAACCUUGGCCUUACGAAAUCGACAUCGACCUGGCUUUCCUUGAGCAGACAAGCUCCAGGGUAGCCAACUUUCGUUCCACCGCCGAUAUUGCUGCGCCGGCCUGGUUUGACGGCCCACCCAGCUCCAACAUAUCCACCAUCGCUGCGUACUGGUCUGAAAAAUACGACCGGCUUUCAGACCAGAAAAGAUUGAACGAAGAAUUUGACCAUUACACAACCACAGUGCCACCGCCAGGAGAUGAUUACACCGACUCUCUAGACAUCUACUUCAUUCACCAGAGGAGCGAAAAGUCAGAUGCUAUUCCUUUUUUAAUGUUACACCGCUGGCCUUUUACGAGCCUUGAGUGGGAGAAAGUUAUUCCUGAACUUCCCAAGCCUUCUAUGGCUUAA